AACUGGUUUGAAUGUGGCUCCGGCGAUAAAAAGCGAACCGUCAUGUUUGUGUCCCUCCCUCUCUGCCUCUGUCCGUGGGCCAGGCCGCCGCUCCGCUCAACCUCCCCGGGACGAAACACCAGUGAAAGACCAUGUCUGAGAAACUUUCCUACAAAGUUGCUGACAUCAGCCUGGCCGAAUGGGGGCGUAAGGCCAUUGACAUUGCAGAGAAUGAGAUGCCCGGUCUGAUGAAGAUGAGGGAGCUGUACGGUCAGUCCAAGCCUCUGAAGGGCGCACGUAUCGCCGGCUGCCUGCACAUGACUCUUCAGACUGCAGUGCUCAUCGAGACCCUCACCGCCCUCGGAGCUGAGGUUCAGUGGUCGAGCUGUAACAUCUUCUCCACUCAGGAUCACGCCGCUGCCGCCAUCGCCAAGACUGGUAUUCCAGUGUACGCGUGGAAAGGUGAGACCGACGAGGAGUACAUAUGGUGCAUCGAGCAGACUCUGUAUUUCAAAGAUGGCGAGCCCCUCAACAUGAUCCUGGACGAUGGAGGAGACCUCACCAACAUGGUCCACCAGAAGUAUCCCAAACUGCUGGCAGGUAUCCGUGGACUGUCAGAGGAGACCACUACAGGUGUCCACAACCUGUACAAGAUGUUGAAAAAGGGUGAACUGAAAGUGCCCGCCAUCAACGUCAACGACUCUGUCACAAAGAGCAAGUUUGACAACCUCUACGGCUGCAGGGAGAGCCUCAUCGAUGGCAUCAAGCGAGCCACCGAUGUGAUGAUCGCCGGUAAAGUUGCUGUGGUGGCAGGUUAUGGUGAUGUGGGUAAAGGCUGCGUCCAGGCUCUGCAUGGGUUCGGCGCUCGCGUCAUCGUCACAGAGGUCGACCCCAUCAACGCCCUGCAGGCCGCCAUGGAGGGUUAUGAGGUUACCACCAUGGACGAGGCUUGUAAGGAAGGAAACAUCUUCGUCACCACCACUGGCUGUGAAGACAUCAUCCUGGGACAUCACUUUGAGAACAUGAAGGACGACGCCAUCGUCUGCAACAUCGGACACUUUGACUGCGAGAUCGACAUGAGCUGGCUCAACAAAAACGCUGCGGAAAAGGUCAACAUCAAGCCACAGGUCGAUCGCUACCUUUUGAAGAACGGCCAUCACAUCAUCGUCCUGGCUGAGGGAAGACUGGUCAACCUGGGCUGUGCCAUGGGACAUCCAUCCUUCGUCAUGAGCAACUCCUUCACCAAUCAGGUUCUGGCUCAGAUCGAGUUGUGGACGAACACUUCCAAAUACCCUGUGGGCGUCUACUUCUUGCCCAAGAAGUUGGACGAGCAGGUGGCAGCCGCCCACCUGGAUAAACUGGGGGUGAAGCUGACCAAGCUGACUGACAAGCAGGCCAAGUACCUGGGUCUGCCCAAGGAGGGGCCCUUUAAACCGGACCACUAUCGCUACUGAGCCCCCUGCCCUGCUGGGUUGGAGGGAGAAGGAGCAGGAGUUGUGGCUAGAAGGGUGUUGGUGUUUUUGUUGGGUGGGAGCACUUUGAGAGUUUGAGGUUGCACUAUGGGCGCUGUUUUGGUUUUGUACUUGAAAUGUCAGCUUUUCAGGGAUUCAGAGACAGCUUUGUUUUCUUCCACCCAAAGUAGACUCCCAAUUCAAAUGCAGAAAAAGUAUCCUGUGUUGUGAUUUGGCAUGACUCAAGUUUUGGAACCAGCACCUUGUUCUGCUUUACUUUAAGGUGAAUUCAAACAGAAUCGUCCAAACAGGUGGCAAAUCACAAAUUUCUUUUUGAAGCAGGACUUCAGAGCCAAAAUUGCUUCCUCCGGAAAACUGCGUUUACCCUACAAAUCAAAAUGACGUCCAACGUCGUACUUCAACUGAAAACGUCACAUCUCUAACUUAUUUUGCUCUGUCAUACGCCAACGUCUUCGGUCCUCGGCUUUCUCUCCUCUCUUUCUCAUCUGUGCCCUACUGAAACACCAUCAAGUGCUACUGUGGCUGUUAAAGAAAUUCCUCUUGUUGUUUAUGUCAUUCCCUCUCCGUUCAUGGAAUAAAAUAAACCCUGAUGAUUUUCUAUCUGAGCUCUCUUCUCCGUGUCGCCGUCGCUCGAGUUGGAAGGUGACAGAACGACUUUUUCUUCUGUAUCUUAACGAGGCAAACGGUUUAGUGUACAGCGGCCUUAUUCCACUGUGUUAAUGCUUCCCCUUUGUUAGCACUUUGUGAAAACUGUACUUGAACUCUGCAAUAAUACUGAAGAUCCUCAUGAAGUGCUUGGUGCUACUGGUUGCAAAUUACUCGCCUCAAGAGUAAAGAGAAGCACUGCUGCCAAAGCAACCACCAAAGCACAUCAUGUUUUUGCCUGACAUAAAAAUAGUCUUAUUCUUUCUGUUGCUUUAGUUUUUUUUUCUUAUUGUGAUUACUUAAUCGACUUGAAGGGCCAAAAUGUGCAAUGGCCCUCCCCCUCCCCAGUUCCUUUUAACUUCUCACUGUAGCCAAUCAGGAAGAUGUUAAUGUGGUGGCCACGGUUCUCAAUGGUUGCAGCCUGAAGUACAGCAUUCAGCGGCUUCUAAACGAUGGACUGAUGUUGAAACUGUCUGACUCAUGAAAAAUAAAAAAACAUGCUGACUCUGG